AUGUGGGCACUCAAAGCACUAGGCAGCCUUGUAUUCUCACAGGAUGAUGGCGGCCAGGGAACUAGUCUCCUCCAACUGCAAUCAGGACUCUUCAAUAAGGUCAAUCCGCUUCAAUUCAAGAAUCCAACACAAUGCAUCUUCAAGGAGGCCUCUGCUACUAUACAGAAGACAACCAUGCCAUUCCAUUAUCAACUAGUCAUAUCUAGGAUUUACGAAGACGGCGAACAGGAACUAGAUGAAAUCGAUCCUGAUCGUCUCGACGCUGAACAGGCAUUCCUCAUUGAUGAAAAGUUGGGCUUUAGGCUCGUAUCUCGCUCAAAUAAUCAUAAAUCGAUACUAUGGAAGGAUCCUGGUGAUGAUACGGGCUCCCAGCUGUUGGAAUUCGUCAUUGACUCCUCUAUAAACGACCCAACUAUUGUCGCUUUCGAAUCUCUGCUCUACCAAUGCAUGUUUGAACUCAAACACGGCUCCAGUCAGGGCGAUGUACAUACUUAUAUGGCAAACCAAAAGGCUGCUGGUGGUGCCAGUCCCGCCCACACACCCAUAAAACAGCAAACCCCAUCAAAACACACACCACUUGCUCGAUUUGACUCGUCAGCGUCUCCAGUAUCAUCUCCACUAGCAAAUAAAAAGCCAGCAUCGAGAUCAUCGGACUUGAGGUCUUUUCUGGCCGUCAAGUCAGAACCAUCAUCAUCAUCGACACCUGCCAGUCAACCAAAAGGACUCGUCGGAGGUGUAGCACCCAAUAUAAAGUCACAAGCAGGUCCCUCUGGAACUUCGUUGAUCAAAAUAUUGAAUGCUCCACUAUACUUGUACCACCCAGAACUCAAUCAAUUCAGUCCUACACAUCCGUCCGUCACGCUCGAAUUGGUACAGACUGCUCCAUAUACAUUCUACUUGGUAAUCACUGAUAGAGGAGCACCCGUAGUAUCGCAGAUUAUAAAUGAUACCAUGUCACCCACCUUCAACCGUGAAGCGCAGUCCUUUGUCUGGAUUUAUACCGAACCAGACACUCGUAUUAUAUAUUCCCUUUCCAUCAAAUUCCCAGACUCGCCUUCCGAAACUGCAUUCAAGGACAUGCUGGGUAAAUGCAUGUACGAAACAAAUCAUCAUGAAGCCUUUGGUAAAGUAAAACAGGAUGAACAACGAUAUCUAAUCGAUGCAUAUGAAGAAGAUACUGUCAUGGAGGACGCAUUCGCUAAAUUGGGUGUCAAAGAUGAUGAAGACGAUGAAGAGGAAGAAGACGAAGAGUCUGGUGACAAUGACGAAGAAGAAGAAGAAGUCGAAUACGAAGAAGAUUCUCCGUCCACCACUCGUGGCGGUGACAAGAACUCGGCUCUAGCAGUAGGAUAUAAAUACGAUCGAUCUUUUGUUGUACGAGGCAACCGCAUAGGUGUUUUCAAGCAUACAGACGAUAAUCGACUCGAAUUUAGCACUACCAUCGACAAUGUCCGAGACAUGAACAACAAAACCUUCUCGCCCCGAAAAGUAAUGCUACACGAACAGGACUCGUCUAUGCUCAUAAUGAAACCGAACGAAGAGCAUUCGAUAUUCCGCAUGGAUCUGGAACGUGGUCGUAUCGUAGAAGAAUGGAAAGUAGACGACACAAUUCCCGUAGAUAGCAUAUUGCCAGAUUCCAAGUUUGCCCAACUCACUCCACAAAAGACCUUUAUCGGUAUCAACCACAAUACUAUAUUCAGAGUCGAUCCUCGAUUGUCGGGUAAUAAACGAGUAGACGCAGAGACCAAACAAUAUGUCACAAAGAAUGACUUCUCAUGUGCCGUCACUACCGGUAAAGGAGAAUUGGCGGUAGCAUCUAACAAGGGUGAUAUCCGUCUUUUCAACAAGCUCGGAUUGAGAGCCAAGACUCAACUCCCUGGAUAUGGUAAUCCUAUAAUAGGUAUCGACGCUACAGCAGAUGGUAAAUUAAUUGUAGGAACCUGUAAGAACUAUCUGUUAUUGCUUACUGUCGUCACGGAAAGUGGUGAAUCUGGCUUCCACAAACCCAUGGGAAGUGAAAAGCCCACACCUCGAAUGCUCAAACUAAAACCAGAACAUGUAGCAUGGAUGGGUGUAGAAGUCUCAUUUACUCCAGCUCGCUUCAAUACAGGUGAAGAUACACAGGAAAAGACUAUUGUCACAUCAUCAGGUCCAUAUGUCAUUACCUGGAAUCUCAAACGUGUACUUAAAGGCGCGUUGAAUGAGUAUCACAUCAAAAAGUAUGACGAUACAGUCAUAUCUGAUCAAUUCAGACACGGAUCUGAUGAUUCUAUUAUUGUCACCCUGCCUGAAAAUGUCGAGAUGAUUAAUAAGAAGAAAUUGUCUACACCACAAAAGCUCUUGAGGAGUCGAAGGUCUAUCGUAAACUCUCCUUAUUGA